GAAGUGAGAGAAGCCGACCAAUCAGAGCAGCUGGCGGGUCCUGGGGGUUGUUGUCGUGCUGAGCUGUUCUAGUUUUGUAAAAUCAUUAAAACAUUACUGCACACCAUGGCGUCGUUUGUUACCGAAGUGCUCGCCAGCUCUGGCAAACUGGAGAAAGAGGACUUGUCCGGUAAAAUAAGCAAAAUGUCGCGGAAGGUGGAAGACACGAAGGAAGAAGUAUGUGACAUGAUAAACAAGAGGUAUUCUGAAUUCCUACUUAGUCUUCAAGGAUCAGAGGAGCUAAUGGUCCAGGUUGAUGAAGUCUCCAAAGAAAUGGAUGUCCUUAAAAACUGCGUUGAGAAUGAGAUCCAGCAGAAUAUCCACGUGGCUGUGACGGAGUAUGCAAUGCUGAAGCAACAGCUGGAGAAAAACACUAUCAUCAUAAAAAUGCUUAGACACCUAAAAGAGUUUCACAAUGCAAUGGAGGAGUUAAACAACGCUUUACUGGACAAGAAGUAUGUCGACGCAGCCAACCAGCUGGAACGGGCAAGGGCCAGUGUGGAUUCACUCAAGGGCUGGAAGGCUACUCAGCUCCCACUGCUCAGUGCUCUCAGCUCAGAGUUAACAGUGCAGAGAGAAAACUUAAUUUACCACCUGGGAGAUGAAUGGAAGGGCCUCAUCAUCUGGAGAUUACCGCCUUCAAAGGCACUUGAGCCUGCAGAUCUGAAGUCAUUCCUGAAGGUGGAGCUGAACCUGAGACAAGCUUGCAGUAAGGACAGUGAACCGAAACCACCCGCUCUGCUGUGCUGCGUCCUGCAAGCUCUGGCCAUCCAGGGAGACCUUCAGCAUAAGAUCAAACUCUUCAAUCAGGUGCUGUUGAAGACCAUGUUGAAGCCGUUGGUGAUGUACCCAUCACUGUCAGUGAGGGUAACAGAGCAGCAGGAUGAGGGAAUCACCCUGGCCUUACAGUGUUUAGAGGAGAGCGACCAAGAGAAGUCUACACCUUCACAGGUCUACAGCAAACUGCUGCUGGUGCUCAAGACACUGCACACAUACCUGCUAGAUGUGUCCAUUGGCAAUAAAAAGCUCUCUGCCAUCUUGGGGGAGCUGAUUUGGGAGGAAAUUUCCCAGUGCAUCAUCCACGAGUGUCUGCUCUACUCCAUCCCGACCAACAGCAGCCAGCUGGAGAAAUACAACAUUGUGAUCAAGGAAACGGAGGAGUUUGAGAAGUCUCUGAAGGAGAUGGAGUUUCUGCAGGGUGAUUCCACAGAGCUGCUCAAAUAUGCCAGAGAUGUCAACUGUCACUUUGCCAGCAAGAAGUGCAAGGAUGUCAUCGUGGCAGCCCGCAAACUCAUGACCUCCAAGAUGCACAACACUGUCAAAAUCACACCAGACUACAAGCUGUGUCUUCCCAAGCUAGAGGUGAAGGUGAAGGUGAAGCAGGAGACCACACAGGAUGAGAUUAUAAUGGAGAACACAAAGCAGCUGUCUGCGUGGAGUCUGUGCAUACCACCCUGUCGCAUCAGUGAGUCAGUGCAGCAGCUGAUGGAGCUGGCAGUCAACACUCUGUGUGAAGCCGUCGGAAGCUCCACACAAUGCGCGCUACAACUCUUCUUCACUGUAAGAAACAUCUUCCAGCUGUUCUACGAUGUUGUGCCGACGUACCACAAGGAGAACCUGCUCAAGUUCCCUCACUUGGCUGCCAUCCAGCACAACAACUGCAUGUACAUGGCACACCACCUGCUCACCCUGGGUCACUAUUUCAGAGCUCACCUGCCGCAGCCUCUCAGUGAUGGCGUUGCAACGUUUGUUGACAUGGUGCCCAUAUUCAGGAAACUGGGAGCUCAGUGUUUCUUGGCACAGAUGAAUGUCCAGAGAGCCGAACUGUUGGAAAGACUUUCCACCGCUCACAACUUCUGCAACCUGGACGACGAAGACAACUACAUCGCAGCUAGCAAAGCAGUAAGACAGGUCAUCCAUCAGUUGAAGCAGUUGGGGACAGUUUGGCAGGAUGUGCUACCAGUCAGCAUCUAUUGUAAAGCCAUGGGCAGCUUCCUCAAUACAGCCAUCACAGAAGUCAUUGCUAAAAUCAUGAUGCUGGAGGAUAUUUCCUCUGAGGAUGGCGAGCACCUCCACACGCUGUGCCAAACCAUCAUCGAGGAGGGUCCACUGGUCUUCAUUCCUCUGGCUGAGGAACACAAGAACAAGAAAUAUCAGGAGGAAGUUCCACUCUACGUGAAGAAGUGGGGCACCUUCAAGGAGCUGGUCAUCGUGCUCCGGGCCAACCUGCAGGAGAUAGUCGACAGGUGGUCUGAUGGUAAAGGUCCUCUGGCGAUGGAGUUCUCCAGUUCUGAGGUGAAGAAUCUGAUCCGAGCGUUGUUUCAGAACACAGAGAGAAGAGCUGUCGCUCUGACUAAAAUCAAAUAGAGCAAAUAAACAAGAUACUAUAGCACUUUUUCUUCCAGAGGAAAACCUGAUUCAUGCCUUUAUUCAUUUCCAUUUCGUCUCAUUAAAAUAUAUACAUUUAUAUGUAUAGAAGUUGACCAGUUUUUCACAGAGAAAUGGCUGCCCUGUCUGAUGGAGGUGCUGUCGCUGAGGGUAUAAGCUGGUUUUAAUCAAUCUGUGGGAUAUGUUCCUUCUCAGACUGCAAUUAGUCCCACAGAGAUUACAUGAAGGCUUCUUUACAUCAGCAUCCCACAGCCUCAGCUAUAGCUUUGUGGGUUUACCACUACAAAGCCAACUGAGGUUGUGUAACCGGUGUCCUGCCAUCUGUUGACACGUGACGUUGUAUCCGGGGGUUAACUUUGCUGCACAUUGUUAAUCAAACUUCAUCUGUAGCUUGUUUUCAGAAGCGAGAGUUUGUUUUCGACGGAAAAUAUAUUUGUGUGAUUCUAAAUGACGAUUUCGCUCUAACAAAGAUACUCUGGAGCUUGCAUCUCUCAAGAAUUUUGUUGUACAAGCUAUUUAACUCAGCUCUUCUCUAAUGUAUAUAUUACUUGUUCAAAUAAACCAAAAUACUUUUCUGA